GUUGCGGUGAAGAGAGGCCAUCUGGAUGCGCUGGAUUACCUCUAUAAGCAAGGCUUUGCCUGUGGCAUCUAUGAUGCUAUGCGUCAUGCCAUCGAAGGAGGCCAAACGAGCAUUGUCAAGUGGCUGCUGAGUAAUCACUCAUUUGAAGAUGACUCCAUGUCAACACGGAUUGAUAAUUGUGCCGAGUACGGCCACCUCGAGAUUUUAAAGCUAUGUACUAAGUGGUUUCAAGCGAAUCUCGAGCUAAAGUGCAAGGCCGAUACUAUGGACACUGCAGCGACCCACGGUCAUUUAGAAGUGGUGAAGUGGCUUCACGCGAACCGGUCCGAGGGAUGCACAGACCGCGCAAUGAAUUGGGCAGCGAGAAGCGGCCACUUGGACGUUAUACAGUGGCUGCACUAUACUUGUGCUGAGAAGUGCCGUAGUGAUACGAUUUACAGGGCUGCGGAACACGGCCACCUCGAAACGGUCAAGUGGCUCUACGAACACUGUUCC